GUCAUGUCAUGCAGGGCGCUGCUGCUGUCUGCGCGUUUGACGAAGGAUCCCCUCCCCUCCCCUCCCCCGGCGCCGGACCAGGGGGCAUGACGACGCCAUCAUCCCAAGGGCUGUGCCAGCCUCAAAGCCCAUGCCAUGCCACGACUUGCAAUCAUUGGCUUCCUUGACCUCGCAGCCUGCUGGCGGUGCUGCCCCAAUGAGUGACCCCGCCGCGCUGGCUGACGCACUCUGAGUCGGGGGGGGAGCACCAGCACCAAAGCCCUGCGGCGCACUGCAAGUCCAGCCUUUCCAGGUUGCCGUGCCUCAUUCGUGCCUGCCUCGUCUGGAGCCUCACGGGACACCUUGGCCAAAAACAGCCUUGGUGUCUGCCCGCACGUGUGGCUGGCCAAUGGCCUUUCGGCGGGGCCACACAGACGCCAACCUAAUGCUCGGCGAUCCAUCUUGCAUCGGUUCCGUGCACCUGCAGCGAAUGAAUGAGGUUGUGCGCCUGCGCUGCGCUGCGCGGCCUGCAUCUGGCAUCUCCCCCGCCGACGCCAUUCUCGGUACUAUUCACUUCGCCAUGUGUGCUGAAGAGGGGAUACACGAGAAGCCCGCAAUGAAGCCUUGCGCCUGCAAUUUGGCUACCUACUUACUAGCAUGGACAACAGUACAAUAGCUCGCCACCGGUUAUGCUCGUCUCACGAGGCGAACCGCUGCGCAUCGGAACGUUUGCCAGGCCGAGGGGGCCCUGUGCUGACGCCACCGAAAUCUCCAAACUUCAGCCGGCCUCUUUAAACGACCGCUGCCCGCUUGUCACUGUCAUGGAGACUAACAACCUUUGCUGCUCGGUGAUCUCUCGUCACCUGGCAAACUCUCGACAUUGACGUGCGCGUCUGAACACAACGCUUCCACAGGCGGAGAGUAGUUGCUCGUGCUGCACCGUUCACCAUGCGGUUACCAAUUCGCAACGACGUACCGCCGAGCUAUGACGAAGCCGUUUCCGUACACUCACACGUCAGCGCCGAAGUCUGCGGCGCAACUCUGCGUCUUGCACCUGUGCCAUCAAGGGAGGCGCUCAUCGUCAAGGUCCAGCCUCCGCGGACACCGCCCGUGGACAUCCAUCAUGUGCCCUGCGACAUUGUUCUCGUGAUUGAUGUUUCCGGCAGCAUGGGCUCACCUGCUCCGGUGCCAGGCGAAGGAGGCUCCGAAGACACCGGGCUCUCCGUACUAGAUCUUACGAAGCACGCCGCGCUCACCAUUGUCGAAACCCUCAACGCGGAUGAUCGUCUCGGAAUCGUCACAUUCGGAAGCAAGGCCAAGGUUAUACAGGACCUGGUGCCCAUGAAUGACGCGUCCAAGGCCAAGACCAAGGACAACAUCAAGUCCCUGAUACCUCAAGAUGCGACGAACCUUUGGCACGGGAUUCGUGACGCCAUUCAAGUGUUCAAAGACGGAGGGCGCAGCUCGCGGGUCCCGGCCAUGAUGGUUCUGACAGACGGCAUGCCGAACCACAUGUGCCCUCCCGCCGGUUACAUACCCAAACUCAGGUCCAUGUCCGAGCUGCCCGCAACAAUCCACACGUUCGGUUUCGGCUACAGCUUGAGGUCCGGAUUGUUGAAGUCCCUGGCGGAGUUUGGCAACGGCAAUUACGCUUUCAUACCGGACGCAGGCAUGAUCGGUACCGUGUUUGUCCACGCCGUUGCCAACUUGCAGGCCACAUUUGCAACGAACGCCAAGCUGGCACUGACGUACCCGAGCAGUCUGCAGAUAGAGUCAGCCAUGGAUUCGUCGGUUCUUCUGGAAGAGCCGAAAGCCACGGGACCCAAGGAUAAGAGAAUGAAAGCUCUGCAACUAUUGCUCGGCAAUUUGCAAUACGGGCAGUCUCGUGACAUUUUCCUCCAGGUCAGGAGGCGUGUCGCCAAGGACACCAACGGAGAGGGGGUUUUAGACCCUGCCAAUCUAGAAGUUGAAGCCACACUCGAAUUUGACAAGGCAGAGAUUCGGCCAGCGUCCCAAGAUUCGAAAACCUUUGGCACUGCUGAUCAGAAAAGUUGCACUCUGUCUGUGCGCGGGAGUAUAACACACCAGGCAUCGGACCUGAGCGACGCCGAGGUGGCGUACCACGAGUCGAGGGCACGGAUCUGCAAGUACCUCUCCUCCUGGUUUCCCAUCGGUCCAGAUGGUGAGCACAGAGUGCUCGCUGAGGGCCGGGCACAGAAACAAAAGGAGCUGGCCCAGCUGCUGGACGACCUGCCAGCGCGAAAUCACCUCGACACUCUGAAUCAGUCGCUGAUGGAGGACCUGACGGGCCCGGAGCCCAAGGGGCAGAUUUCUCUGGCUAUCAAAACAGACGAGUACUUCAACAAGUGGGGCGUGCACUACCUUCCGUCAUAUUACAACGCCCACUCGCGUCAGAUCUGCAACUCUUUCAAGGACCCCGGACCGCUGCAAUACGGCGUCGAGAGCCCGUUAUUCAACGCCUGUCGCGACCGGCUCGACAACGCUUUUGACAACCUACCUGCUCCUGAACCUACUCCGACAGUUCGCAGGGGCUGGCAUGGAGGCUCUCCAGCGGGUGGCCACGGGCAUAGCCGACCAAAAAUAUCCAUGAGUCGGUACCGUGACGCCCACGGCGUAUGCUUUGCAGGCUCGACGCUGCUGGAACUGGCUUCCGGGAGGGUCGUUCCGAUUCGAAAGCUGAAGCGGGGCAUGAAGGUGCGAACCCCAGCCGGGUCACGCAAAGUUGCGCUGGUGUUGAGGACACCCGUGCAGGCGGCUAUGCUUUGUCGGGUCGGUUCCGUGGCUGUCACGCCCUGGCACCCCAUAUCUCUGGACGGAAAGUCGUGGACCUUCCCUGCAGAUGUCGCGGGAAGCAUAGUGCGGUACACUGGGUCCGUGUACUCGGUGAUGCUUCAGCGAGACAGAAGCGCAAGGGCUCACGCGAUACGCGUGGGCUCGGUCUGGGGCGUCACGCUUGGCCACGGCUUGACCCAAGGCAGCGAUGUACGUGCGCAUGCCUUCUUUGGAGAUUACAACCGAGUCGGAAAGAGCCUCGUGGGGCUCGGGGUGGACCGCUUUGGGGUUGUUGAAGGCCGCGGCGUGGAACGCGACCCGCGCUCUGGUCUUGUUGUCGGCUUCAGGGCAAAGCUGGCUGCGAGAAGUAGCAAUCAGCUCCACCAGUCUUCCAUGAUGCGCAAGCUUUCCCUGCCACAGUCUAGCAUAUAGUCGCUGUCGGCACUGGUUGGGCGGCGUUUUGUCAUAUUAUGUACUCUGUUGACAUGCUAUCUACUUCGUAGUCGUAAUACAAUACGCUGUGCGUACGCCGGCUUCCGCAAGAAGUCCCGAG